GGCAAAACAAUGUUUGUCUGCUGAAGUGCUGCAAUGUAGCGUUAGACAAGUAAUGUUAUGUGGGUGGGAAUUUCGCCUUGUUCACCAUUUCGUGGUUUUCUUCAACGUUUAAUGUGAAACAUUAAUUCAGUCAUAAGAUAUGUACUGUGAUAUUAACUCAAGAUUGUGUUUUAUAAGGAUCUGCGACAAAUAACACGUAUCUUCAAAUAUUUGUAUCGCGACCUUUUGACCGUCAAUGGUAAUGAGUUUCCACAUUUAUGAGAUGGCGUUAGUAAGAAAAUGGUGGACAACUGAUUAUGCAAAAGAUGUUGUUAGCGCGCUACGUGAAAAAGAGCGUCAGAGGAUUCCAUUCAACUUUCGUUCUCCUCAGAUACAGUACAGAAGUCAUUUAGUUAAAUGGAUCUGCAACAUAGCUGAAGGAUUGAAACUUAGUAGUACAACAGUUCAUUUGGCUAUAUAUAUUCUUGACAUUUUUAUGGAUAACCAUAGUAUUGCCCUGGAAAGUCUGAACCUACUAACAUUAGUAUCUGUCUUGUUAGCAGCAAAAUUUGAGGAGCGGGAUAUAAAUGUACCAAAAGUCUCUGAUAUGAAUGCAUUGAUUGAAAGUCCAUAUCCAGUGGCUGAAUUUCUUGCAAUGGAAUUCAUGACUCUUCAGUUUCUUAAAUGGAGUCUUGUGCACCCAACGGCUGCACAUUUCGCUGAAUUUUAUGUGGUACAUAUCAUUUCACCAGCAGAUUUUAGUUCUGACAAUCAUUUCGAAACUUACAAAGAUCUGCAACAUGCUGCCCAUCACUAUAUGAAAGAAUUUUUGGAUUAUUCUCUUCAAGAUCCAGGGUUUCAUCUUUUUAAUCCAUCUCUUGUUGCUGGGUCAUGCAUUGCUCUAGCACGAAUAAGACUUCGUCUCUCUGAGAAAUGGACACCUGGACUUCUAGAAGUAACGCAGUAUCGCCUCAGUGAUCUGAAACCGUGUAUGGAACUUAUAAUGCGUGUAUACCACUUGAAUCAACCUACCAACAAGGCAGCUGAAGAAAGGAAGAGGAAAUUUACUGAAUCACCAGACCAUGGUUAUGGCACCUGUACUAGUGUAACUAGUAGUCCAGAAACAUCUGGCAGAUCAUGAGAAAGCGAUAUUUAGAACUUUCUAAAGUUCCCAUGAAUACAUGUGCCUUCAAUGUCUAUUGUUUCUGUUAGAUGAAUGAUGUACAAAAGAACUGCAACCAUUAAGGGAAAAAAAUCCUGAUUUAAUUAACUGAAGAGCUUUGAGAAAUUAUAAGUCUUAUUGAUUUCAUCUUGUUUUAACCAGUCUGGUUAAGAAUAGAGUCAUUAAAUUUUUGUUAUUGUUGUUGUAGUUGUUGUUUUGUGUGUUUCCUCAGUGAAGCAACAUAAAUGUCUACUGCAGCAGUGCUGCAUUUUCAGUAUUAGGAGUAAAAAAUGAUUGAGGUAAAUGAAGUGUGUUAGAAGAGCAUGCCUGUUACAUGUUGGGCUUCUAUAAUAGCAGUGUGGACAUGCAACGCACAUUUUUUUCCUAAUUUAUUUGAUGUGAGAGGUGUAAUGCCUUUGAUCUCUGGUAUUAUAAAUUCUAAGGAGACACAAUGUUACUGUUGAUGUCGGAGAGUACUUUUUUUUUAUUGUGUUGACAAUAUUUUCAAUAUUGGGCAUUUCUUAGUAUAUGAAUUACUCAAGGAAUUAAUGUUCUUUUCCACUGUACCUGCAAUUUCAUGUACUUGUGUAAGUUAAAAUUUAUGUAAACUUCGGCAAGAGACUGGUAUUUCAAAAUUCACUGUUUCUUUCUUCCCACCACCAAGAAUUGUUUGUGCCAGUAACUUAUUUUUCUCCUCCUCCUCCUGUCUGUUCCUUCUGUGAAGGACUGAUUUUCUAUUAGAUUAAUAACUGCCUGAUCUCAUGGACAUUAAAUUCUCAUUUACAUUCAGUUCUUGAUUCUAAAUCAAGAGAUGAUUGUUUAUGUCCAUUGUACUCAUAUAUAAAUAAAUUUUUAUUUUUAGGAUUGAAAAUACAAACAAUCCCUGUGGGGUGUUCUAAAUGCUCAGUUACUAUUUUUUUAAGUAUUUGAAGUAGCCAUUUAAAAAACAAGUGUGUUUCUGCCUUACAUGGUUGUGUGUUAUUACUGUGAUAUUUUUACGCUGUGAUGUGACAUUUCAUUUUUUUUUUU